AUGUCUGAUUUCCUUAAAGGUUGCCCUGAGCCUCCCACCGAGCUGGGUCGCUAUCGAAUCCUUUCCUCUACUGCUGGAGCCCGCGUGUCUCCCCUCUGCCUGGGUGCCGGAACCUUUGGCACUGCCUGGGCUGAUAUAUCUACCAGCGUUGACGAGGAGCAAAGCUUCAAGAUCCUUGACGCGUUUGCCGAAGCUGGUGGCAACUUCAUCGACUGUGCCAACGUUUACCAGAACGGGCAGUCAGAGGCUAUCCUCGGGAAGUGGAUGGCUUCACGAGACAACCGUGACAUGAUGGUCGUGGCAACCAAGUACACGGGUGACUACCGCCUCUUCGAUCUUGGUCCUGGAAGGACUGUUAAUUACUCUGGAAACCACAAGAAGUCCAUGUUCCUGUCGCUCCAGGCCUCCCUAGAGAAGCUACAGACCACCUAUGAGGUCAUGGACGCCCUUCACGUCCUUGUUCAGCAAUCCAAGGUUCUCUACCUUGGUAUCUCAGACACGCCUGCCUGGGUUGUCGCGGCUGCCAAUACGUACGCUAGGGCCCAUGGAAAGACUCCCUUUAGCGUGUAUCAGGGUCGCUGGAACAUCAUGCGACGUGAUUUUGAACGGGACAUCAUCCCCAUGGCCCAGCAUUUUGGCAUGGCGCUUUGUGCCUGGGAUGCUCUCGGAGGAGGCAGACUUCAGACCAAAAAGCAGCUUGAGGCUCGUAAGCAGGCUGGUGAGGGUCUCAGGGCGAUUCAUGGCCCAGAGCAGACCGAGGAUGAACGCAAGAUCAGCGAGGCCCUGGAAAAGGUGGCAGCUGAGCACGGCACCGAAAGCAUCCAGCAGAUUGCAUUGGCGUACAUCUCACAGAAGUCAAGGAACGUGAUUCCGCUGGUUGGUGUUCGCAAGGUUGAGCAGUUGCAAGAUAACAUCAAGUCACUGAGCAUUCAUCUGACUGAUGAGCAAAUCCAGUACCUUGAGGGUGUCAAGGAAUUCGACCCUGGCUUCCCUGCCACCAUGAUUGGGGAGGAUCCAAAGGAGACGGGCGUGUCUGGACCCAUGGUUGCCUCAUUCGCUCACAUUGCGUGGCAAAAGGCUUCCCGGCCUAUUGGGAGGGGCUGA